CCUGAGAGAGGUGUCUCAAGUCCAACUUGAAUCUCGGGUGUUGACUUCUCUCUCUCUCUGACGGACUCUGUGGCGUGUGAAGGCCUCUUUCCCGCCUGGACCACCCUUGAGCCGGAUCCCGCAGGGGCCCGCCUACCCAUUGGCCAGGGAACAUCGCCGUUGAUACCAUGAAAAAGAUCUUCUCCCGCGGUGCCAAGCCCACCCACACGGAAUUAUUGGGCGGGGGCGGUCCGCCAGGUCCCGGCGGCGGUGCCAGUGGCGCCCUCUCCGGUGCCAGCCACGCCCCAGCCCUGCCCGCCUCAGGCGGGUGGACGGUGGGUCGACACAGCGUGGUAUAUGAGGAUUUGAUCGCGGAGGGCGGCUUUGGCGUGGUGUUUCUGGUCAAGGCCAAAGGCUCAACCAACACGAAAAUGGCCUUGAAACGCAUGUUUGUCAACAAUGACAAGGAUCUGGCCGUGUGCAAACGGGAAAUUAACAUUGUGUCCAAUCUGAACGGUCAUCCUAAUCUGAUUGGUUACGUGGACUCGAGUUUGAGCCUCUUGGAUGGUGAGGUUCACGAGAUCCUUUUACUCAUGCCUUACCAUAAGACCACCCUCCUCCAACUCAUGAAUGACAAAUUAUCCACCGGUUUUAAGGAAUCCGAGGUGUUGGCCGUGUUCUGUGAUAUUUGCUCGGCAGUGGCUCGACUUCACCAUUGCCAAACGCCGAUCAUUCAUCGGGACCUCAAAGUGGAGAACGUGCUUAGGAGCGACCAAGGGCGCUACGUGUUGUGCGACUUUGGUUCGGCCACCGCCCAGGUCCUCAAGCCCUCGGUUCAAGGCAUCAUUCCUGUCGAGGAGGAGAUUAAGCGAUACACCACCCUGUCCUACCGAGCGCCGGAAAUGAUCGACUUGUACUCGGAAGUGCCAUUGACCGCCCGGACUGAUAUUUGGGCCCUGGGCUGUCUGUUGUACAAGGUGUGUUACUUCUCGCUUCCAUUCGGCGAAUCGGCCUUGGCCAUCCAAGCCGGCAAUCUGACCUUCCCCUCUCAACCCAAAUAUUCAUCCGAAAUGAAGAAGCUCAUCCGAUACUUACUCACGGUCAAAGUUGAGCGUCGCCCCGACAUAUUCCAGGUCUCGCACUUGGCCUUUGAACUGGCCGGUCAGACCAAUCCCGUGCAGAACUUGCACAACUCCUCCAUUCCAACCUUUGGAACACUGAGCGAAUCGCUCGGUUCACCCUUGGCCUCUGAUACAGCCAAUGGCAUAGCUUCGCCCCCUUCGUCUCAUCCUCUCUUGACCUCGGGCGCCAAAUCGGCGGCCGCCGUCAACCCUGUGGGUCAAUUGACCACCGCCACGAAAGAGAGCCUGUCUCUGAAAUCUCCCGGGUCACCUGAGGCAGUCACAUUUAGACGACCGAUCGAGCCAAGCUCUCCGGCCAACACGUCUGUGGCCCCACGACAGAGACCACGAGGUCAGGGCCAGACGAAGAACCUGGUCCCAGGGAUGGCUGGACCUUUGCCACUUCCUCCCACUGCUGACGCUUCGUCUCAAAAUCCAUUUGUACCGAGCACCACGACCCCUGUCAAAUCCAGCAAUCCUUUUGCUUCCAACUUUGACCUCUCCUCUUCGGCCAAUAGUGGGUCACAUUCCAUGCUUCACAGUUCCAGCUCUAACGUUGGCCAACCCCAGGGCCCUGUUUCUCUGCAAGAGCCCAACAACAACCCUUUUGUGAGACAUCCCCCUAGUGGGAAAGGUUGGAAUCCUUUUGAGGACUCCAAAAGCUUUGGAGAUUUGAGCGAAGACGCCUUAUUUGGCGCGCAAUUUGAUCAACUUCGGCAAGAAUCAGCCGCCACCCAAGAUGGUUCGCUCACCAAGGGAUCCAGAGAUCCAUUCCUCUCAGCUCCAUUCACCGUCCAUCAGAAGAAUUCAGCCUGAAUUACAUCACAAAUCAUCCAUCAAUGAUAUGUAACAAGAUUUGAAAGGUCAAUUGAAGAAUCAUACAUCUUCCUCUGUCUGCUACUACCACAAUUAUUAUUAUUAUUAUUAAUACUAUUAGCAUUAGUUACUUUUAUCAACAUUUUCUUCAAAAUAUUUUUCAUGAAUUCUCGACCAUGACCACCGCGAAGAGAACCAUCAGUACCAUUAUAUUCGAUAUUCUUUGUCCAAUAAUACACGGAAAUGAAAUCGUUA